AUGUAUUUCUCUAUAAUCGAACCUAAGGACAAAUUUCCUCGUGUCCCAAACGCUCUUGUAUUCAUUAUCUACCGAUUAUUACCCAUUUUCUGCCUUACCACAUUCGCAUGCUGGUUCUUUCAGAGAGACAGUUUUUUUGUCAGUGUUUGGGAUGCUUACUGGAUGUGUCUCUGGAUGUUCACGACGAUUGUGAGCUGUGGUGCCGGUAGCUGCAGUGGUAAAAAUCUUACGAGGGAGGGAGUAAUUGGUUUUCACGGUUCUAUCUUAUCCAAAGACUUCUCUCCGUCUGAAAAGCUUUCUCAGGUUCGACUGCUUCUCGAAUCCUAUGAUGAAAGUAUUAGUCCCAACUUUCCUUUUGGAUUCCCUAGGAAGUCAUGGACAGCGGAACGAAGAAAGAGGGAAAUUCAGUUCCAAACAGAACGCUUCGCAUUUUGUCUGUCUGGUUCGCGACAAGGAAUCCCGAAUUUAUCAUCUCUUCGUGAACACCUCUAUUUGUACUUGAUGUGGUCGGUGACAUAUUGCCUAAUUAUUCGUGUUUUCCGCCCCGAAAUUAGAAGCUGGGACCAUUUCCUUGGGUACUUGACAUUUGGAAAGAUUCACCAUAUUCUAUGUUUCGUCUGCAUCCCAAUUCUGCUUGGUCGCUUCAGUUUUCAAUAUGGUAAGUGGAUUGACUGGAAUGUAACAAAGUUGGGCUGGGCCGUCAAAUAUGUUCGUCACUACUGCGGGAGUAUUGAUUACGAAAGGGCCACCGAGAGCAAGCGUACAGAGUUGGAAUGGUGGAUUGAAGGGUUAUUAAGGGACAAUAGCGAUUCUUUUGCGCUGGCGGAAGAGAGAAGACGAACCAUUAUCGCUCCUAUACAAAGGAUGAUUCGCGAGAACACGUUUUGCGAGGAACUUGCAGUGGCCAGUCAUGUAAGAUCACAUAAGAGGCGUGAAAUGGAGAAUCGAAUAUGUAGCGAUUGUGAAUCUGCACACUGUUGUCUAUCGAAGAAUGUUAAGCUGCAAUAG